AUUACGCAAGCAACUGGCUUGGAGUGAGAACAGAAGCUACUUAAUUUUCAUUGAGCAAAGAAAAAAAUAAAAGGUUUUCCUAGAAACCUGUGACCUGUCAGAGGGGCGGGCAGCUGAUUUCAGUAAUGAUGGAUUUUAGUCUCAGGGGCCUCAGGGGUGUAAAGGUUAAGGAACCUGUCUGUACUGUCCCAAAGGCAAACAAAUUUGCUAGCCUUGAGUAAAGUCCAAUGGGGAUCACACAGUGGCAGAGCAGAGGGGACUGCCUGAGAGAACCUGGCAGCAACCUAACCAACGAAAGAGACAGAACACCCCAGACUCAGUGCACCAUCCUCAGGCAGAGGUCUGGGCUGUGUUAUCAUGGAUCUUCUCCACAGCUGGGGGGUUGAGCUGGCGGUCCAUCUGCAGACCAGAUACCGCAGGUACGAGGGUUUGUUCAGCCUGGCGUCCACAGUGGCUGAUUUGCACACCACGUUCUUCUGGUUGUUCCCAAUCUGGUUCCACCUGCGGAGGGACACGGGGCUCAGGCUCAUCUGGGUGGCUGUCAUCGGAGACUGGCUCAACUUGGUCCUGAAAUGGAUUCUUUUUGGGGAGAGACCCUACUGGUGGGUUCAUGAGACCCAGUUUUAUGGAGCAGGUCCGGUCCCUUCUCUGCGGCAGUUCCCCAUCACAUGCGAGACUGGACCAGGAAGUCCUUCAGGUCAUGCUAUGGGUGCAGCUGGUGUCUGGUAUGUGAUGGUAACAGCACUACUCUCCCUUGCAACAGAGAAGCAAUGCCCGCCUUUGCUAUACAAAUUCCUGCAGAUAGGCCUGUGGGCGCUGAUGGGUCUGGUAGAGCUGGUGGUCUGUAUGUCCAGGGUCUACAUGGCUGCCCACUUCCCACACCAGGUUAUUGCUGGAGUCAUUACAGGUGUACUCGUAGCUGAAGUUGUCUCUAAGCAGAAACAGAUCUACAGCACCAGCAUGGAGAAGUACAUCUUCACCACCCUCUUCUUGACCUCCUUCGCUGUCGGCUUCUACCUCCUGCUCAAAGCUCUGGGUGUGGACCUGCUGUGGACAAUGGAGAAAGCCCAGAAGUGGUGCAUCAGGCCCGAGUGGGUUCAUCUGGACACCGCACCCUUUGCCAGCCUCUUGCGUAACAUGGGCAGCCUGUUUGGUCUGGGCCUGGGUCUGCACUCACCGCUCCACACCGAGAUCGAGAAGAAGAACACAAGUGCCCCUUUCAAGAUGGGAUGUAUUAUUUUCUCUUUGUUCCUGCUUCAGCUUUUGGAUGGAUGGACAUUUGCCGCUGACAACCACAUGACUUUCUAUGUCUUGUCAUUCGGAAAGAGUGCAGUUGCACUUUUAAUCCCAACCACUCUUGUGCCUUGGGCUCUCUGCAGGAUUUGCAAGGGAAAGAGAGAAGACAAGAACUUGUGAUUGAGGUCCAGCCUUUAGUUUAUAGUCAAUUAUUAGCUUAAUUUUCUAUAUUUACUAGGAUGGUUCUUCUCAUGUUUAAGACACUAGGAGACUCAGAUUUCUUGGACAAUGUCCCUGAAGUUAUUAGUACAAUUCUUUAAAGGAAUAUGAAAUGUAGUUCAACAAAUUUUCUAAAUAUACUUGUUCGCUUUCUUGCCAAAUGUGAAGCGAAAAGAGUUGUGCUUAUUUUAGAAGUUCCUUGCUGCCCUAUCGGUUUUCUCUGAAAGUCUCGGACUGAUACUGAUUAAUUCUCUGGCAGGAACAAGUAUUAAUUAUUAACUAGAUCAUGCUCCCGUCACUCAGUAGUGCCACAGAGUGACACUGACUUUCACCACAGCCAUGAGCUUUCAGAAGAGACAUGGAGGGUCAAGGGGCAGAAAGUGUUGACGACACUUUAAAAGUAGUACAAAGGAGCUUUGGAUGUUUCGUACUGAGAUCGCCAGGAUUGCAUGUUUUAACAGACACACCUCUGCAGCUCUGCUAAUUAAUUGUAGGUCAGUGAGGUAGUGAUGAAAUGAUGACUGAAUUGAAUCUGAAUUGCACGCUGCACGGUCGACAGGGUCACGGUGAGCAGGAAAUGUGAGACUGUUUGAUGACAUAAUAACCGUGGCCAGGUGACGUUUCCCAACAGCAAAUCCUGAGUCUCCUUUUUAACCAUCCUAUCUCUGAGGGUCCCCUUAACAAUUUUCCGGUGCUUAUCUCACGAAGCUAUAUCUAUAUGGUGCUGGUCUGUGUGGGUGUGUAAGACAGACACGGGGGAGGGGUCAGUGGAAACACUGCGUCAAGAACAUUGAGCAACACUACGCUGUUUACAGCAGUUUACAGUCAGCUGAAAUUGGUUGUUUUUCUCUGGUAUGAAGUAUAGAUUUUAUCUUAUCACUGCUUUUUCAUCAAGAAAAACAAAAAGCCCUGGUUUAAGUAUGUCAGACAUAGUGCACAUUAGUCUUACAGUGUUUACAUUUUGAAUUUAUUCAGGCCGUCCACCUAGAUUCAUUUAUUCUGUAUGGACAGGUUUCUGAAUGAGUCCAAACAGCCAAACCUGUAGCUGGAUUGUGUAAAUGUAGUUGCUUGGCAGUUGUGUUGGGUCACAUAAUAUCGCAUGAUUUUACAUAUAUUGAUUAAUUACAUUAAUGAAAUUAAAUACUACUUGCAAAAUUUGAGUUUUUUUGUGUAGAAUAAGACAAAUGUGCAUUUUGCACAGAACUAAUUGCAUGUAUUACAAAGAACUCUAUUUAAAAACAAUCAGAUAUAUCUGUAUGUUGUAGCAUCUAAAUGUUUUAAUUGUGUUUUCCUUCCAGCUGUUAAAAGUCUGCUGAUGUACAGAAGUGGUGAGUACAAGCUACAGUGACACCUGCAGGUGCAUUUUGAUAUGUACAUAAAAAAUCCCACUAACUUUUAUCUAACAUUCAACACUUUUGCAACCACAAAAAUGCCACAAUAUUC